GCUUAACCUUACGGGCAGCGUGGAGAUUGGCAGUGCGCUAACGGAGAUGGCAGAGCAGAAUAAAGUUGAUUGAAUUAUUUGGCGCAGUGAUUCGUGACCAUUAUGAUGCGCCGUAGACUCCGCUUUCUUCCUGUAGAGGAGAUCGUGGGGGUUACGUCCGGCAUCCAGUAAUCUGGGAAGUCAAAGGCGUACGGCAACAUCGCCGCGACCACAGUGUGAACAAGGCGCUGGCGUCCAUGUUGGAAUGCUUGUCUUUACCCAUAGGAAACCUUGGGGCUGUGGACGGUGCGGUUUUCUAUCAGAUGAUUGCCCGUAUGGCCGCACUGAAGCUCACAUGACGCGUCGCCAUAGACCGCAGUGCAGCUCGCACUCUGUCACGGAUACUCCCGUCACAGGGCGGCCUCCGAUAUCGAUUGGUCCGGGCAUGCUGGGAGUUGUAGUUUAUUAUACCAGUAUUAAUUCCUCCCUGCAGAAUGGGACGCUCCGCCAUAAAACGCAUCUCAAAGAAACGGCCAAGGAAGGCGACAACGGCCGCGAGCAAACAGCCGCCCGCCGCCCGGAACACAGAGUCCGGUGCACGCCCUCCUCCACACCAUACAUUCACCUCAGAGGAGACGGCGACCCUCAGGAAGAACCUCCUCACCUGGUACAACCGACGCAAACGAGACCUGCCAUGGCGGACACUGGCGGAUACAGAAUUGGACAUGGACCGCAGAGCAUAUGGAGUCUGGGUGUCGGAGGUGAUGCUGCAGCAGACUCAGGUGUCCACGGUCAUUGACUACUACACCAAGUGGAUGAAGACUUGGCCGACCGUUCAGGAUCUGGCGAUGGCAUCACUGGAGGAGGUGAACGAGAAGUGGUCCGGUCUAGGGUAUUACUCACGGGGUCGGCGGCUGCAUGAAGGAGCCCAGAAGGUUGUGCGGGAGUUGGGGGGUCGGAUGCCUCGCACUGCGGAAGACUUACAGAGACUGCUGCCGGGGGUGGGCAGGUAUACAGCCGGGGCGGUGUCCUCUAUCUCCUACGGGCAGGUUACGGGCGUAGUAGACGGGAAUGUCAUCCGUGUUCUCUGCCGCCUGCGAUGCAUUGGAGCUGAUUUUACCUCCCCGACUGUCACUGACGCCUUGUGGAAUUUGGCAAAUAAUCUUGUUGACCCGGAUCGACCCGGAGAUUUUAACCAGGCAAUGAUGGAGCUGGGGGCAACGGUCUGCACCCCUAAAAAAGUGCUCUGCGGUGAAUGUCCUCUGCAGACCCUGUGCCGAGCGUUCAAGAAGGUGGAGCUGGAUUCUGCAUCCUCCCCCAGUAAAUGUGAGAGCAAAAGAGCUAGCACUCAAAUGAGCUCCAUGUCUGACAUCGAGGAUUGCGCAGCAGCUGCCUCAUGUCCACUCUGCAUCCAGUCCGGCGACCAGUGGGACCACAGCCUCGGAGUGGCCAACUACCCCCGCAAACCUGCAAAGAAACCCUCCAGAGAGGAGCAGACUGUGACCUGCGUGUGGGAGAAACCCGGGGAGCAGGGGUUCCCGGAGUAUUUACUGGUCCAGAGACCCCAGAAAGGGCUCCUGGCUGGGAUGUGGGAAUUUCCCAGCAUGCUCUUGGAGAAAACGGCCGCCGUGAAGGAGCGGGAAGAUGAUUUGUGCAGCCGCCUCCAUGAAGUGACCGGCCGGGAGGUAUCAGCGCAGGAUCUGCAGUAUGUGGGGGAGGUCGUCCACAUCUUCUCUCAUAUCAACCAGACGUACCUGGUCUACUUGUUGCGCAGUGUUCCGGUGAAGGAGGAGGAGGAGGAGUGCUCCGCUCUGCGCUGGGUCACCAGGAGACAAUUUAUGGAGUCCGCUGUCCCUACCGCCAUGAAAAAGAUUCUUAAGCUGUGCGAGAGCCGGGGGUUCCUGGGUGAUGUAGCAGAGCCGUCCAAAAAGAGGAAGAAGGACGUAAGUGACAUCCAGCCACCCGCCGGAAGAGCCAAGGUGGACAGCAAGCAGAGGUCUAUACAGAGCUUCUUCACCGCCACCAUCAAGAAAAGAGCCCUGGAGGACGGAUCAUAAAAUGUCCGGCAGCUUUCUGAUAGACUUCAGUUCCUUGCUGUUUUCAAGCUUUGUUUGCUUUCAGUGAAUGGAAACAUUCUUGUUUAAGUAUAAAGGCUUGAAACCUGUCCAGACCCAGUCCUAUUUUUCACAGCUGAAGGUUUGCUACUAUUGUAUCCAGACUAGAAAAUCUUCUCAUCUCCUGGUUUGCCACAAUGUAUCGGCCGAUCAGCCUGACCCCCUGGGGUUUCUGCCUCACAGCGGAUUGUGUGAUUGGAUAUAAUUGUAGCAAACCUUCAGCUGUGAGGACAGCAGGACAGGGAAUUCACCCAGGACCAUUCCUGUUUACUGAAAGCAAACAGAGAUCCUGAAAAAGGGGGGAAUUUAUCAACUAAUUUGUGCCAGUUUUUUGGAGUAAGACAGAAGCAGAUUUUGUUGCAUGCCAUUUUGUGCAAGAAUUUGAGAUCUUCCUGGGAACGUAUCGGUUUUAGAGAGUGGGCGUGGCUUACCGUUAGGGGCGUGGUCAAAACCUGUCCAUGAGACGUAUCUAUUCGAACAUCAAUCUGCCGCUGCUCAUUGGAGACGUACAUUUAAUUUUUGCAUGCAUCGAUUUACAAAUUUGGUGCAAUUUACGCCAAUGAAGUUUUGAUUGAGAACUUCCUAUGAAGUGCGCCAAAGAUGAAGCCUUAUCCACAGGAGGCCAGGAAUAUCUGUGACAAUUACAUGACAUCAGAGACCAGAAAGACGCCCACGUUACGGAGCUUAGAAACCUGUGGACUCCAUGAGCAACGAAAAGCAAAAAGAAAUAAGGAG